AUGGGUGAUAAUGUUAUUAAUUUUUAUAGAGCUGGUUCAGGUUAUGGUUGUUUUUCAAAUUUUUCAAGACACACAGUUUUUUAUAAAGGACAAAAGUGGCCAACUUCAGAACAUGCAUUCCAAGCUAUGAAGUUUGAAGGUACAGAUCAUUUCUUAAACGUAUUAAAAACUAAAACACCUGGUGAUGCCGCAAAGAUGGGCCGUAAUAGAUCUUUACCUCUAAGAAAAGAUUGGGAAGGUGUUAAAGAUGAAAUUAUGUACGAAGUUUGUUUAGCUAAAUUUCAACAACAUCAAGAUAUUCAACUCACUUUAAUAGAAACAAAUGAUGCAAAGUUAGUAGAACAUACUACCAAUGAUAGCUAUUGGGGCGAUGGCGGUGAUGGUAGUGGUAGAAAUCAACUCGGUAUUACUCUAAUGAGAGUAAGAGAAACUAUUAGAAAUGAACUUGUAAAUAAGAAUUAA